GCAUCUCUCUCUAUAAAUUGGCUUUUCAAAUGAAUCUCACAUCCUGGCUCAUACUCAACCAGAAACAGAGGAAAGGGCAGUUGCACAAGUAAAUUUGCCCAAUAAGACUGUAUUCUGAAAUUUUCUCCAUGAUGGCUAAAAUGGAUAGUUGCAGACUUGAAGAACAGGAAGAAAGCUUGAGAAGAGGUCCAUGGACUGCAGAGGAGGACAUGAGCCUCAUUCGCUGUGUGUCUGUUCAGGGCGAAGGCCGCUGGAACACAAUAGCGAAAUAUGCAGGACUGAGAAGAACUGGAAAAAGCUGCAGAUUGAGGUGGCUCAAUUAUCUGAGCCCUGGUGUUAAGAGGGGCAACAUAACAGUAGAGGAACAGCUUUUGAUCUUGGAACUCCAUGGAAAGUGGGGCAACAGAUGGUCCAAAAUUGCAAAGCAUCUUCCUGGAAGAACAGACAAUGAAAUAAAGAACUACUGGAGAACCCGCAUGAAGAAAGCCUAUGGCCACUACAGAGUCAUGGGCAGUAACUACUCUAACCAGUCUGCCCUGCCUUCCACUGCAGUCAAUACAAUGGAAACUCAAGAACACAGAGGAGGAACCUUCCAUAGUAAUGAAAUCAGUAGAAAUUAUGCAGAUCAAGAGGAGGAAUCAUGGAAAUCUCCCAUGGUGGGCACAACCCAUGAUGCAAAUAUAACAGAGGAGCUCAGAGACUCUGCAACAGAAGCACUGCCCAAUAGUAAUACAGGCUUGGCAGCCAUUAAUUCUUCAGAGUCUGAGCUCUCUGCCUUGACUACAGACACUGCAAAAUUUGAUGUGGAAAUUGAUUGGCCUUAUGUCAUCAACAACCUAUGGAGGAUUGAUGACAUGACUGCUGAUACAUUUUGGUGAUUCAAUUGUUCCCUUGUAAGCUUAAACAGCUAGUACGUUAUGGUGGUUUUAUUCUUUACGUACUCUCUGUUUAAGCCUUUCUACUUGAGUAUCCCAUAAGGACGUCAUACAGAGACUUUAGGAUGCGUAUCUUCUCUUCUCUACUCAUUUUUCUUCUCCCUCAUUCAAACUCUGUACAAUUCAAACACGGUACAGAGAUGUUUGUGUAUUUUGUGAGUCUGUGAACAUGGGCAAUGUAAGUAUUAUUCUUAAACACGAUUGUUCUUCUUUGAAAAUUGGAUUGUGAUGGGUUUCAUGUCAUUUUCAAUCAAGCCGUGCUUCACCCAACUGCCUACCAGGGAU